CCUUACCUAGGUAUGGACAUAAGUACGGUACCUCUGUGUACUGUAGCUAAAUAACUCUGGACUGCUGGCCUCUUGCUAUUCUUUCAUCUUGCAGCUGCAUGGAGGACCGUUGAAGGUGCCGACCAUAUAUCCAUAUCCCUUCCAAGGCCCUUGGUUGGCCCGAAGUGUUUCCAUUGAAAAGGGCAUUGAUACUAUCUAUUUGUGACUUCUUGCAGGAAUUGGCUGUCAGAAACCAUUAAAAAUGAUCGACCAUCUUUUGGGUAGGCCCUCUGCCAAGCUUCGCAGACUUCAGAUUUUGACAAUCAUUUCGCUCUCUUUGGCCUAUCUCGUCAAGGGCAGCAAACAUGGCCCUCCCGGAGUUCGAAAGUACUCCGCACAGCUCGCGGGUGCUGUGACGCCCUGGCAGACAAUGUUUCUGACCAUUAUCUCCCUCUAUAUCUCAAACAACUUCAGCAGGAUUUUCGGUCUUAGCGGCCCAGAGCAUUUGGCCAACAUGUACAGCCCGUCCUUUUUCCGGGCCACCUGGAUCCUUACCGCGUUGGAUGCGGGUUUCUGGACCGCUAUGAAUAUCAAACCAGCGUUCCUCCGACAUAUCGCGUCAUUAGUGUUUUCGGCUUAUUAUCUGUUUGCUGUGGACCAGGCAGACGCUAAGGUCCGCAGAAUACACUCUGUCCUGACUGUCGACCAUGUGCGCGUCUCCUGGAACAAGGGCACGACGCCAAUCCUCUCUGCUCUUGGACGCCUUACAAAACCUAAGUAUGCAAAAUAUGGACCGCGCCCUAUCAAAAUCCCUCGUCCGGAGGGAUCUACCUAUAAGGAGCCCGUUACGGCCUGGCUGUAUUUUGACGGAUCCCUUGAGGAAUUGCGCGACCAGAAGAAAGUGGUAUUGGACAUCCCAGGAGGUGGCUUCGUCGCGAUGGAUCCUAGGACGGUGGACGAUAAACUUCUGUCUUGGGCAGGAAAACUGGGUGUUCCGGUCAUCAGUCUUGACUACAGGAAGGCUCCCGAAUAUCCCUAUCCCUACGCCAUCAACGAGUGUUACGAUGUCUAUCACCAGCUCGCGACUACCUGCGGACAAUGCAUAGGACUCAGCGGAGACAUCCGACCCCAGAUCGUCGUUACGGGAGACAGUGCUGGUGGAAACCUGGCCUCAGCCCUCACACUAAUGGUCCUGCAGUCUGGCGACAAUGGCGGAGAGGAACUUCCAACGCCGGACGGACUUCUCUUGGUAUAUCCUGCUCUGAGCGGCAAUGCUGGUACCUGGGUGGGCAGCGAUCAGAUGGCAUUGAUACAGGACAGGAGCAACCUGAAGACAGACGAAAAUGUUGCCCAACUGAAGAAGAAGUUCUACGAAAAGAUUGCAUCUUCAAAGACUCCCGUGGUUCCGGGAAUUAAUUCCAAGGAUACCAAGAGCCAGUCAGAUCAAGACAACACCACCCACAUGCUCAUUUCGACCAUGGCGGCAUACUGUAACGAUCGGGUUCUCGUACCGGACAUGGCGCGCCGUAUGGCUAUGCUUUACAUUGGUCCUAACGGCAAUGAGGACUUCAGCACCGAUUUUAUUCUCUCCCCCAUUCUGGCACCAGAGUCGCUGCUCGCGCGGUUCCCGAAGACAUACAUUAUCACCGGAGACAAGGAUCCCCUUGUGGAUGAUACUGUGGUAUUUGCCGGCAGACUCAGGGAGGCCAAAUCACGGGAGUUCAGUGAGAGAGAUGCAGAAUUCAACGAGAAAGACCAUCUUGAAGUGAGCAUAGUCCCCGGAGUGUCACACGGUUUCUUGCAGUUUGCUGCAGUCUACUCCGAGGCGCCCAAAUUCUUCGAUAUCUGCUCAACCUGGGUGCAGGCCCUUUUUGAUAAGGCAGACGCAGAUAAUAACCACGAAUCGUCGGCCAUCAGCCUGCGUUCCCUCGACUCUGACUAGAUGUUCCAAUUAUGCUGCGCAAUAGUAGCAAUUUAUAUCUACUUGUGACGAUGAAUGGAUCUUAUGAAUCGAAUCUAGAAUAGAUAGCAACAAAGUGCAUUAUUAGCUAUCUCUUUUUCCAUUAUUGCAGAACUACCCGCACGGGGAAAUCGGAGCUUUUUAUCAAUUCUGUAGAUUAUCAUAGACCAGGUAAAA